UUUCUACCGGUUUUGGUGGACGGUGUGGUUCGCGGCAAUUACGGUCUCAUGGAUCAGGUGGCGGCUCUUCACUGGAUCCAAGAGAAUAUCGCUGAGUUUGGCGGCCAAUCAGAUAAUGUCACUAUCAUUGGCUAUGGGUAUGGAGCCGCCUGUGCCCACCUGCUCAUGAUAUCACCCAUGGCUAAAGGGCUUUUCGCGCGAGUGAUACUAAUGAGCGGUUCGGCGCUCAGUCCGUGGGCUAUAGCCAGGGAUACGGACAUCUAUGCCAAAACAUUAGCUCAAACGCUCAACUGUCCAUUACAUGAAUCAAUAGUAGAUUGCCUUCGGAAGAGAAAAAUC